AUGAACGACUCUGGAGAUCAGGUGGAAAAGCAAGAAGCAGACGACUCAGACACACAGGUUUCCAGCCAUGACUCUCAAGACGCCGACCCAGAAACAUGGACCGCCCUCGGUCUCUCUCGAUUCCAGGAAGUAGCCUUUGCUUCUUCGCUGCUUAUGACGCAGUUCUUUGCCCAAGCUGGAUUGGGACAAACUCUCUCUAUCCUCAAAGCCAUCAGUGCCUCUUUUCAUAUCACGAAUCCUGGGGAGCUGAGCUGGUUGAUAGCUGGAUAUAGCCUCACCAUUGGCUCAUGCAUCCUUCUCUCCGGACGCUUGGGGGAUUAUUUUGGUCACAAACCUCUUUUUAUUGCCGGACUUGUAUGGUACAUGCUUUGGACAAUCAUAUCUGGUGUUUCCAUCUAUGCCUCUCAAUGCCUUUUUAUUGCCUCCAGAGUCUUUUGUGGUAUUGGUCCAUCAAUGUGUAUCCCCAAUGCACUAGCAAUUCUAGGACGUGCAUAUCCCCCGGGAUUAAAAAAGAAUAUUCUUUUCAGUCUCUAUGGAGGGUUGACCCCUGUUGGUGUUAUUGGCGGUGCCACCAUAUCCGCUUUAUUCGCCGAAUUUGUAUGGUGGCCUUGGUCCUACUGGCUCAUAGGCUGUAUCACUGCCGCUGUAGCACUAUGUAGCUACUUUGCAGUGCCUUCUUCUCAAUCUCACUAUGAGAGCUUCCAGCCAAGGCCAUCGCUACGAGAUAUUCUCUGGGCAACAGACGUACCUGCGGGCGCUGUGGGCAUUGCCGCAUUGGUAUUCUUCAACCUUGCCUGGAACCAAGCUGUUGUUGUGGGUUGGGCGACGCCAUAUAUCCCAGUCUUUUUAGUCAUGGGGAUUCUGUUCGCGAUUACAUUCUUCUACAUAGAGAUCAACAUCUCUCCCUCCCCGCUCAUCCCAUUUUCCAUCCUGACCGGCGAUGUGGCAUUUGUCCUCGCCUGUGUUGCUGCCGCUUGGGGUGGCUUCGGGGCCUACGUCUAUUACUUCUGGACAACCAUGCUGAUGGUUACAGAAACACCGCCGCUCUUAGCUUCGGCAGGGUUCUCGCCUCCAAUCCCCGUCGGCCUUGGGACGGCAGUUAUGACAGGCUAUCUGGUGGCCAGGGUUCACCCCGCCAUGCUAAUGGUUAUGGCAGAAGCCUGCGUUUUGGCUGCUUGUCUCUUACUGGCAACUUUUCCUCCAGGGCAGACUUACUGGGCUCAACUGUUUCCUAGCCUGAUUUUCGCGCCUCUAGGGCUGGAUAUGAGCUUCCCCGCGGCGAUUUUGGUGAUGAGCAACGCAAUGGGAAAAGAACACCAGGGCAUGGCUAUGAGUUUGGUCAAUACUAUUGUCAACUACAGCAUCUCUCUUAGCUUGGGGAUAGCAGGGACGAUUGAACAGCAGGUGACGAAGACGAGGCCUGAAGAUCCAGCGACGGUGCUCUUCGGAUACCACAGCACUGAGUACUUUUCGUGUGGCAUAGUAGCGUUCGGACUUUUAUUGAGCCUUAUUUUUGUAUGGCGCGCGCGGGGAGAAAGCAGUUUGAGAAUGUCUCAGAACCGGGAUGAUAUAGAGAGAACAGAGCCUUGA